AUGCAGGAGAAGCCGGCCGAGGCGCCGACCCCCACCUCAUCGCGGGCGUCGUCCUUUUUCAUCGAGAACCUACUGGGCAAGGAGCGGGACGAGCAGGAGCUGGGGCCGGACUGCAGUCGAGGGGAAGCGGGAGCGGUGGAAGUCGUCUCUGGUGACCGAGUCCUGAACUCGCAUCCUGGGCCCCAUGGCUCCAGCUCCACGGCCCGGUCCCCGUACAGGGGGUCCCCGCUGCAGUGGCACCGCUUCAGAGCGUCGGACACACCACACAGUCCAUUAAGGGACAAUACAAGUCCAGAGGAUCACUGCUGCUCCAUGACGACCAGUGACAGAGGUUCACCUGCCGUGUCCGAGUCCAUAACCGAAGGCAGCGACGAGACCGAGCAGAAGACAGGGGACAGCAGCCUGACGGACGACAACGAGGACGCGCCCCACGCCUUUGGCGCACGGCCGGAGUCCGACGCGAGCUCCACUCGGAAGAAGAAGACCCGCACCGUGUUCAGCCGCAGUCAGGUCUUCCAGCUGGAGUCCACCUUCGACAUGAAACGGUACCUGAGCAGCUCGGAGAGAGGGGGGCUGGCCGCUAAUCUCCACCUGACAGAGACCCAGGUGAAGAUCUGGUUUCAGAACCGGAGGAACAAAUGGAAGAGGCAGCUGGCGGCGGACCUGGAGGCCGUUCACAUCCCAAACUCCACGCAGAGGAUUGUCAGGGUCCCCAUUCUCUAUCACGAGGGGCCCACACCCACUGCGGCUCUGGGCUUCCACCUGACCGGACAUCCAGGCUCUGCACCCGGCGCGGGCUUCCCCAGCUCCUUCAACUACCCGCUGUCCUCGUUUGCUCACUCCAUGAGCAUGCUGAGGUCGCAGAUGAGCGGCUUGGUGUAA